AGAGUUGAUGUGUUGAUCACUGCCUUCAGAGCAGAGACAGAGUGAGACACAAACACAAACAAAUGACAUUCAGCGGAAUCAAACCGCAGCAGCGCUGACAUUUGUGUGGCUCUAUAGCUUCAAGUUGCUGGUAUCAGGUUGGAGUUGGUUUGUGCUUCUCAUGGGUGCAUCUGUGUGCCGGCACGGCCGCUCGCUCCUGUCCCGUCACAGCAGGGCCGGUCACAAGGGCUCUCUGAUGGGUGGGGAUGACUCUCUAGACGGUCUGGACAGACAGCAGGACAUCGCCCAGUUCCCAUAUGUGGAGUUCACAGGCCAAGACAGCAUCACCUGUCCUACCUGCCAGGGGUCCGGACGCAUCCCAUCAGGACAGUUGAAUGAGUUAGUUGCUCUGAUCCCCUACAGCGAUCAAAGGUUACAGCCACGGAGAACGAAGUCGUAUGUGGUGCUGUCAGUGAUUUUGUGUCUGCUGGCAUCUGUUUUGGUGGCUUUCUUCCUGUUUCCACGUCCUGUGCUGGUCGUUGAUGAUGGCAUUCGCUCUGUGACUGUGCACUUUGACCGUAACAACAGCAAAGUGCUCAUCAACAUGACGAGCUCCUUGAACUUCACCAACUCUAAUUUUUUCACGGUGUGGGUGGACACCGUGAGCUGCCAGGUGCUCUACAUGAAGACAGUCAUCGGAUCUCAACAGCUAGACAACAUCAUCCACAUUCAACCUCUCAGCCAGAGACAGGUCAACUUCACUGUCAGCAUGGAGAUUGGAGGAAGUCUCUCUUACGUUUAUGCCUUCUGCACCAUGGCAAGCAUCAAGGUCCACAACAUUGUGGUGUUCAUGCAGACCUCUGUGAAAACCUCCUACAUGGUGCGGGCGGCACAGAACACUCUGGAGGCUUACCGCUACAUCGACUGUGGCGCCAACUCCACCACCCACCAGCCCUCAGGAAUGGUGUGGUCUAAACCUCAGAUUGGGAAACUGCUCAGGUGAAGCAUCAGCCGGCGGACGGCAGCUCGGUUUCAUCAAUUUUGACUCCAAAUGUUGUGCUACACUGAAACUGAAGCCACUGAACAGAGCAGCUAUGAUGUAAGAUAUUGCUUGUAUUGAUCCCUCAGUGCAGAUAUUUAUGGAGUAAUCAACCAGACUCACUGUUUCGAGAGCUUCUCACUUGCUGUAGUAUUAGUCUAAAAUCUAAAAAGGGUGUUAUAUAGUUUUGCAGAGAUUGAUUUGAAUUAUUGACGGGAUUGUCAAUGAUGUGGUGCACUUUAAAAUACUGUUUUGAUGUAUGAGCUGUUCGGUGAAAUAUUUUAUGCAUUCCUGAUUAUGUCUUAUGCAAAUGUCUCUAAUUGUCUCUGCAUUGCCAAAGAUUUCAUGUGUUUACCGGGGAAGUCAUUUCUCCGAUCGAUGGGUUUUAAAGCGACUCAAUCAACUCGAAUCCAUCCAU